AUGAAAGCAGUUGACCCAUCUAUAAGGCAUGUAAUAGACAAAUUCAAAAGAAAAGGUUUCAACCAUCUCACACUAGAAGAAAUUGCGAUAACUCAAACCUCUCCAAAUUUCCCCGAAGAAUUUAAAACCGCUACGGGAGAAGAUUGACACAACUUCCAAGAAAAAGCAGAUGAGCGCUUGCGGCGUGCCAAAUUUAACAUUAAAUGAUUAACUCGGCAAAACGAUAACAUGUUUUCUCCUUUAUUUGCAGCAACACUUCGAGGAGAUCUCAAAAAACUCGACGAAUUUCUGAAAAUUAGUGAUUUAAAUGCCUGCAAGGAUGCAGUUGAUGAAACCAAAAAAAGCUGUCUGCAUCUUGCCUCUCGAGAAGGGCACUUCGAUAUAGUAAAAAGUUUAGUUGCAAAGGGCUGGUCAAUCGAUGCCAGAGAUAAACUGCUCUCAACCCCUCUGCAUUUAGCCUGCACAAAUGGUCAUGCAAAUAUUAUCGCUUUUUUGCUAUCAAAAGGAGCUGAUAUUCAUGCAAGAGAUAGUUUGGGUCGGACUGCUUUGCUUUUUGCAGCUUGCUCAACAAAUUCACAAGCUAUUACUGUAUUAUUAAAUAAAGAUACAAGAGCGCUUGAUGGGAAAGAUUACACAGGAAGAAGUGCUCUGCAUUAUGCAAUUUUUAAUCCUCAUCCUAAACAAGUUGAAAUUAUAAGGAAAUUGCUUGAGUCAGGAAUUCCUGUUGACAUUCCUGAUUCAGACAAUAAAACUCCUUUGCAUCAUGCAUGUGAAGCUGGAAAGCCUAGAAGCAUUAGGAUCUUACUUAAGUGGGGGGCAAAUAUUGAAUCGAAAGACUCAAUGAUGAAAUCUCCAGUAGAUUUGGCAGCAAAUCAAAAUAUAAAGCAGCUUGUUUUACUAUAUGGAAAUGAGCCAGAGCCAAUACAAAAUUUAAGCCAUGACCAAAAACUUACAGAAGAUAAGCUGCCAAGCAUAAAGAAAACAAAGCCUGAUAAGCCAAUCUUUGAACCUCCAUCAGUGCAAUCUUCAGAGAACCGAGAAAAAUUGAUAGCAUUUUUGAAAAAAAUCCAAGAAGCUGGGAUUAACACAAAUCAGCAUGCACUGAAGCCUCAAAUAUACUCAUCAGCAUGACUAAAUUCAGUUCAAUCAGCUGGAGCUCUGCAUCGCGAAUUUGCAAAACUAACUCCUUCAGAAGCUGUCUUACAAGUUUUCAAUGUUUUAUUUCCAUACCCCAAAGCUCUGCCUCCUCCACAAGAGGAUCCUUCUGAAUAUAUGGGUUUCUUUGGACUAUCUGAAAAUUCAAAUUUAGGAGCUGAUUUUGCAAUUCCAAGAUCUGAUCCUACAAUGAUAGUGCAAGAUGACUCAAAAAUAUUGAAACUCCAGCAGCUCCUUCAAGUUUCUGACUCAAAAGUGUUUGAUUUGCAGCAAGCUUUACUAUCCAAGGAUCAAAGAAUCCAAGAGCUUCAGUUACUGAUGCAAAAUAAAACACAAGAAAUGGCAUUAGCAUUAAUAUUAUAUUACUUAUUGAGAAACCUGCUGUAAUUCACUAUAAUGCAUUGGUAAUAUUUUAUUUUGCUUAUUUAUGGUAAAUUGACUUUAAAAUGUCAAAAAAAUUUUUACAUGUCAUUAUAUAUAUAAAACUGAGUCUAUGGUAUGUUAAAAUAUUUUUGACAUUUUAAAAUCAAUUUACCAUAAAUAAGCAAAAUGAAAUUUAUGCAAGGGAUUAUAAGGACUAUCGGCACUCAUAGCUCCCCUUUUUUACCUGCUCACCAGUUAUACACAGCCUUACAAAGAGAACUCCUGCGGACGAGGGUCUACACUUACUUUCAGCAGUUGAAUGAGUCGUGUCACCCUGCCGAGCGCCAAAAAAGGUCGCCCAAUAUGAAAAAUUAAAAAUAUUUGAAUUUUCUGUCGAUUUGACUAAAUUGGAAUCCCGAAGCUAACGGCGUAACUCCUAGCUGCACGCUGGGGAAUCGUCCUGAUUGGCCAGGAGACAUACCAAGGGUUCUGCUGAGAAAUCCCUUCCCAACUCUUGGACCCAUUUCCUAAUGAGGCAAAACCUGGGAUCUGAGAGAGCUUGCAGAAGGCUAGCUCGACAUUUCGCUUCACAAAACCAGAAAAAAUUGGGCUCAGCAAACUUAUCCAAAACAUCAGGAGCUAUUUUUGAGUAAUUUCUGUAAGUCGUUUUAGAAAAAAACAUUUAAACUCUUUUUUUGACAAAAAUAGUAAAUUUGAAUAAAAUAUAAACAAAAUAAAAAGUUUUAAUUUAGUUAUUUUUUUAAUCGGCUAUACCGUAUUGGAUACUAAAAUUUGAGGUAACUUACUAUAGUUCUCAUAGCCGACCUGUUAUGGUUUUUAAGUUCUCUGCUACAAAUGAUUUGAUAAUCACGACACUAAAAUAUAUAUAUAUUUAUAUAUUUUUUGCAUCAUCAGCAGUUUUUAAAAUUUAUAUUAAUCAAUCUCAUCUCAUUUUGUUUACUCAGAUUUAUUGAUUUUAUUUCGAAAGCUUAAGGGUUUGCCAACAUUUCUGUUAAUUUUAGCGCCUAAUUGCCAAUAUCCUGAGAUUGAGAUUUAUAUAGAUUUUUUUAUCUCCAAAUUUUUAGAAGCUCUCUAAAACGGCCAGAAAAUUUCUCAAAACCCCUUCUGAUGUUUUGGAUAAUUUUGUAGGACCAAAAAACCUGGCUGGAUGCACAUUCCCGAGCACAAUCCUCCCUUCCUCUGGGUCCCUGUUCAUAAUGCAAGAUGGAAACUGCAGCAGUUAAGAGGGUAGUUUGGUUCGCACACCAUUUUAAUUAUACACUAGAAAUUGCAACUGCUCAAAAAAUAAUCCAAGAAACUCGUGAAAAAAAUCAAGAAGCCCUAAAAUUAAUCCCAAGCCAAGAUGAAAUUAAGCAGCUCAAAGGAGAAAAAGAUGUAGCAAUAAAGCAGUUAAACUCAAUCACUAUAAAACUUCAAGAAAGCAAGGAGGAGUGCGAAGACUUAAAGGCAAAAAAUGAAGAGCUUAAAAAAGAGCUUGAUUCAAUGCCAAACAAAAGUGAGGUGGAAGAGCUUAAAAGUAGCAUUGAAAAGCUUAAAUCUGACGACAGAGCUUUAAGAUUUAGGGCAGGGCAAAUUCUGCUGAAAGGCCUUGACUUUAAAGAUGAAGGAACUGAAUUCGCUCAAGGAAAAGCUCAUCUGCAAGACAAUGAAGUUUUGCAAAGGCUAGAAGCUUCAUUAAAAGGCAACCAUCCAAGCUUCAAGCAAAGGCUUAUAGACGCAGACUCAAACAAAGAUGGCAAAAUAACAAAAGUUGAAUUAACAAAAGUGCUUGCUCAGCUCGCAUUAGUCCCGCAAGACAUUGUCUCAAUUUUAAGAAUCGCUGGAUUUCGACCAGGAGUGACAUUAAUUGCUGUGAGUGAUAUUGCUGAUAUACUGAAUGGAAGAGAACAAAGGAUGACUGAGCUUGAGACUCAACUGUUUAGUAAGUUGAAGCAACAUUUCGAUAAGAGCUCUCUAGAUAUUGACCAAGCUUUUCAGUUUUUGGAUGUAAAUGGGGAUGGGAAUAUUAAUUUCCAAGAGCUUUCAGAUGCGCUAGACACUAUUAAUAUGCCGUUGAGUCGAGAAGAUAGGCAUUCGCUAUUUGCGGUGCUUGAUAGUGAUCAUGGAGGAUCAAUAUCACUUGCCGAAUUUAAGGAAAAAAUUGAUAAGGCUGUAAUUCUACCUCCGAAAGCCAAAGAAGUUCCGAAAAAGGAAGAGCCAACACAAAAUCGGUUUAAAUCAGAGUUUAAUGAAAAAAUUAAAGCGAACCCUAUGGCUUUAGGAAGCUUAGUUAAAUUUCCAGAGCAGCCUAAGCAAGAAAAUGCUGAAGAAAACCAAAAAGUGCCAGAAAAACCGCAGGUGGAAAGAAAACAGUCACGAAAGUUGAAUGGAAGCCUUGUUGUAGGUGUCGUUAAAGGAAAAGGGCUUGGCCAGGGGACUUUUGCUAUUCAGGUAACUCUAAAAGGCACCGAAAAAACUCUUAAAACCCCAUUUCUUCAAGGUCCUGAUCCUGAUUGGAAGCUAAAAAGCACACUUAAACUCUUCGACACAUCUACAGCUCAGAUAGAUUCUGAGCUUUACCUUGAACUUCUAGGAGAUCGAGGCAUGAUCGCUUCUUGCAGGAUAAAUUGGCUUUCAGUUUUAGAUUUCCCAAACUCAUGGGCGAUAAAAUCAGAUUUCCCUCUCCUAGAACCAAAUAAUAGAAAGCAUGGCUCAGUGAUGAUCCAUUUGAUGUGAAUGCCCAAAGAUGCUCUUAGAAUGGAAGGCAGUGGAAGUUUAUCUCUCCAAAUUUUAUCUUGCUCUGGAUUUGGGUCAGCUCGUGUACAGCUUGCUGUUGGAACACAAAAUGUGAUGGGAAACUUAAAAGAAUCUGAAGAACUAAUAAUAACGAUGACCCCCCCCUCAAUCUUCAUGUCUAUUGCAACAAAAAUGCAAUUUUUCAAUAUAAAAUUUUAUAUAAAAAAAAUAAUAAUUUUCAUGUCUCUUGCAACAAAUUAUAUACAUUAAAAUGGCGACAUGUGUCAAUCUGCCCUCUUGGCGCAGCAGUCCAGACCUUAUGGCUAUGAGGAACUGGAAAGGACUCCGAGCCGAGAAUUAAACGCAGGCUCAAGAAGUGUUAUCCGGGUAGGUUUUGGCUGCUUUCCUGUGGUUGGAAAUGGAUGUGCUCAACAAAGUCCUUUGGAUCCGAGGACCCAUGGGCAUUCCUCUACCGAGAAACUGGGGGUUUCGGCCCAGGCCCACAGGGGAACAGUCUUUUUCCUGUAGCUGUCGAAUGAAGGCACUUUGACACCCGAUAGACUCCAAGGAUCCUUGAAAUCAAGCUAUUCCAAUCUCCCGUAACAGGGCCGCAGAAAUCCAUAAGCCGCCCACUCAAGACUGAAGCCGCAAGGCAAGAAGGAGACAGAAGGUACCGAAAGGGCACUCGUAAGAGGGAUAGACCCUCUGGACUGGAGUCGAAAAGCGGUAGAACCUUCCGUACGAGAGGUCUUUGGUGACUGCGUCAUCAAUAUGGCUAGCGCCCUGUCUGUAAUAAUUCUAAUCCUAAUCCUCUUGCAACAAAUUUUAGAUGCGCAUCUUAAAUUUUUCCGUACUUUUUAGCUAGAUAAGUUUAAUAAAAUGGCGAGCGAUGACAAUAGCCGUCAAAAUCUCGAUGAGAAGGUUAUUGACACGCCUAUAGCAGCGCUGUUUUAUGGCUUUUUUGAGAACCUCACAUAGAGAAAAAUGCAUUAAUUUUUUUAUAAAAAUGUUGUGUUGCAGUAGGCAUGAAGAUUUUUUCGAAAAAUUUUUGUUGUAGUAGACAUGAAGAUUGAAGGGGGGGGCAUCGUUAAAAGAUAUUGCGUUAAAAGCUGAUGAACUGAUACCUAGUUUAAAGUUUACAGCUUUGUCUUCAGAGACUCUCCAAAUGAUUUUGUGGAAAAAUUUAUCAAUGGAAGUGGCAAUUUCUAGUUCUCCCAAUUGGACUCCUUCAUUAAAAGUUCCUUUAGAUGGAGACUGUGAGCUUGCAAUUCGAAUGAAAUGGACACCGAUAAGUGAAGAAGAUGAAGCUAACUCCCCUGUGUGAGCGAACAAAUUUUUUUAAUAUAAACAUUUUGAUAUAUAAGUGAUAAUUUUAAAAUGAAAUUUCUAGCUAAUUCUGUCUAAUUUUAAACAGCCAUAAAUUUUGAAAUUAAAUUAAUUUAACUCCUCCAUUUUACAAAUUGAAAAUUUUUUAAAUUUUGAAGAAAAAAAAUUUAUGUGUAAAUUUUUCAACAAAAAAAUUCACAGUAGACAAACAAAAUUUUUUGCUCACUCAUGGACGAAAGAGUAAAGAAAAAGCUGCCACAAAAAUCCAAGCGAUUUUUAGAGGAAACAAAGCAAGAGAAGAGGUAAAGCCGAUGAUGAAGAGUAAGAGGAAAAUUUUGGCAAGAAAAGUGUGGAAAGAAAACGGAAGAUAUUAUAUGGUGACAAUAUAUGAACAAGAUACAAAUUAUAAAGUUGAAUUGAAUCCAGCAGAUGAUCCCAGUCUUCCUAUGUAUACAGAACUGCAUUCUCUAAAUGUACCGAAACAACCGAUUGAAGAUAUUUUUAAGAACUUGUCUGUUCUGGCUAACCAAAAACUUUCUUACUCUAAAGAAGCCGCGCAGCCUAGCAAAAAUGAAGAGCCUAAGUUUCCCACAAAAAAAGCAGAAGAAACUAAAAUAUUACAGAAGCCAACAGCCAAGGAGCAAGAAGAAAUUAAAUUCCCAUCAAAAAAAGAGACUAAGGACGAAGAAGUUAAGUUUCCAGCCAAAAAGCAAGCUGAGGAAGAAAAAUUCCCCUCUAAGAAAACUACAGCUACAAGUCAAGCUGUUAAAGGAGGAGUUAUGAUUGAAAUCUUAAGUAGCGUGAACGUAAAAAGUUCUUAUUGCAGAGUUGAAUAUGGAGAAGCUUUUGUUCAUUCGACUGCAGGUCCGCCUUGAACCAAAAAGAUAGCUUUAUCUGAUGUUGAAAUAAAUAGCCAAAUCCUUCCUUUAACUAUAAAAAUUUAUGCUUUGGAAACAAGAACUGAAAUCGCUUCAGGCUCUGUAGACUGAAGCCAUGCAGCCACAGUUCCUGAAUCAUGAACUCCUCCAACAACAGUAAAUAUCGGCAACGCAAAAUUAGAAGUAAAAUUCAUGUGGUCUCCUUAUAAAUCUAAGCAAAAAGAGCCUCAACAAGCAACCCCAAGUAUGACCACCGAAGAUAUUAAGCCAAAAGAGCACAGAAAAGUAUUGAUGAAAAAAGGCAUAAAGAGGAACAAUAAAUAUUAUUUAGUCUGUGUAUAUGAAGCAAGAUCUGGAAAAGAAAUGGAGCUCCAUCUCGUGGAUCAGCCCAAUAUCCCUAUGUAUGAAGCAGUUGACAAAGCAAUCAUUGAGAAAAGCGCAGACCUGGAGUCUGUGAUAGCUAACAUGGAAAUAUCAGCAAACAAUAAAAUGAUAUUCAAGACAUAA